AUGAUUAAAUUUAUAGUAACAAUAAGUCAUUUGAGCUAGUUGAUUAUUCAUUCCUGGUUUAUGUAUCAAUGUGUAUUGACAUUUUAUUCCGGGAUCAUAGUAGAAACAUUAUGGAAUCAGGUAAAGUACUUAACAAACUUUUCAAAUUGGGCUAUGUUCACAUUCUUAAUACCUUUUGUUAUAUUUGAUUUCAAAAAUUACAAUGUUUUGAGAAUUUAAGAUAGGUAUCCAUAGAUUGUGACUCUAUUGUUCUAAGGAAUCAAUCCUAUUAUAUUUUUGGUAAUGGCAACUUAUUAAAGUUUCAUAAUACUUGAUCCUAAUCUAUUAGUAUUGGAUGGAUUUCAUCCGACAUAAUGGCAAUUGGUAAUCCUUGCAUAUUUACAUCUAGGAAAUUGGCUGUUAUUGCAAAUAGAGUAUAUCCUAUAUGAGCAUAAGCGAGUACCUAAACUUCAACGUUAUGGAUUUUUUUUCGCCUAUACAUUUAUUUAUUUAUUUAUAUAUGGUUGUUAUUUUUUAUUGAGGGGAAAACAUGUUUACGGCUUUUAAAAAAAUUUAAGCAUUCCACUAGUUUUUAUGAUAAACAUCAAUUAAUUUUUAAUGAUAUUAUUUACGGAUUAUGCUUACGAAAAAGUGACAAGAUCAAAAUUUUUCAAGAAGUUUAUCCUUGAAAAUUAUUAAAUAAAUAAUUAAACCAAAAAUGAAAAGUAAAAUCAAUGA